GUUAAAUUGUAAAAACGUCAAAACGAAUCCGUCAAACAUUUCCAAACGUUGUCGUUCGCGAUGUCCGCCGCUCCGAAAAUAGCCACCGCCGUGAAAAUCAAAAAGAUAGUACCGUUAAUGAACAGGGUACUGAUUAAAAAGGCCGAACCCGAAACUCAGACCAAAGGCGGUAUAGUCCUACCGGACAAAACGAAAGUUAAAUUACAAAGAGGCACAGUUUUGGCCGUUGGACCCGGUAAUAAAACCGAGAACGGGCAGAUAGUACCGGUUAACGUGUGUCCAGGUGACGAAGUGAUCUUGGCAGAUUACGGCGGUACCAAAAUCGAAUUGGACAAAGACGAAGUUUAUUUUUUGUACAGAGAAAAUGAAAUCCUCGCCAAAUUGAAAGAAUAAACAUUAAAAUUAC